AUGAGCGCGGAGGACCAGCGCGAGGCGCGGCGCAAGCGCAUCCUCGAGCGGAGCGGCGACCGCCUGUCGCGCAUUACAAACACAGGGCGCGGCGAGGGGUACGUCGGACUUGACACCAAGCCGGUGCCGGCGCCGCGCGCGGAGCCGAGCGGCCCGAGCGAGGAGAGCUCGGUGACACCGAGCCCGCUGCAGCCCACGGCCAAGCCGGACGAGGCGCUCGGCUCGUUUGCCAAGCCCGAUGGCGAUCCUCUUGCGGCGAUGAUGGCUGCGAUGCAAGGCAAAUCGUCGCAGGCGGGCGCGGACCCCAUGGCAAUGUUCCAGCAGUUCCUCGGCCAGACGGCCGGCGCCGCGGGCGAUCCCCACGCGAUGCCGGCGGUGCCCGAAGUGUCUGCGGCGACGCUGCGUCGCGCGGAGCGCCUCGACCGCCGCAUGCGCCUGGUGCAGACGACCGUUAUUCUCCUGUUUGCUUUCUACGUCGUGUUUGGCUCCAUCUUUUCCCCGGCACCCGAAGGUAUUGCGGGCCGCGCGCUGGACACACCAGCCAUCGCUGCGUUUGCCGAGCACUCCUACCGCAAGCAGUGGGCGUCGCUCGCGCAGCAAUACACGCCGAUGAGCGCGUGGCUCAGCACGGACGACCCCAGCGUCUUUCCGUGGGGCGCGCUCCGUACGCCGCUCGACUAUCUCCAGCCGUACAUUGGCAAGGCGGCGCACCCCGCCAACCUCCCGAGCUGGCCCAUCUUUUGGGUCUUUUUUUCGCUCGAGGCGGGUCUGCAGGGCAUCCGCAUCGCCUUGCAGCAGCAGCUCCCUGCCGCGCCCCCGACCGGUGUCGGGAGCGUGCUGAGCAUGUGGGCGCCCGGCGUCGUGCCGUACCUGGCGCCGCUGCUGUCGGUCGUGAGCCUCCUGAGCUCUCUCGUGGACGACCUGUGUAUUCUGCUCUUUGCGAUCGGCCUCGGGGUACUAUUUUGCCACGUUCAGAGUUCGUAG